AUGCGGGCGUUCUUUGGGCUGAGCCCUGCUGCGCAGAAGGCGGCAGACGAGGGCUUGGAGGAGAAGGCCUCUCAGCUGUUUGCCGAUGCGGAGGCUGCCCUGAACAAGCUUCGGGUGCAGACGGCGCAGGGCGAUGAUAGUUUUGUGCUUUUGAAUAGCGCGCAGCGCUCCAUACACGCGUUGGAAGCCCUCGUCCGCAGCGGCGGCAUGGCGGCAGACCUGCAGGCGGUGUGGCGCAGCCAGGUCGAGGAGCUACAAUCCGAGCUGCAAUUUGCCACGCAGCAACUGCUCAAGACCACACCGUCGCGGUCUGCGGCUCCGCAGCCACCGCCGCCUGCUGCUGCACCUGCACCCACGCCAGCUGUGUUUGGCCCUGGGGCGGACGAUGAUGACCUCUUCUCUGGCCUCAGCUUGCAAGCUCAGCUGAACAGGGCCCCACUGACUCGCCAGCAACUGCAGCGAGUAAGGACGCCUUGGCUAGCGCGGCAUCAGGCAUGGACGAUAGCAACAUAGCGGCGUUGGAUGAGGUCCUGUUCACCAGUUUGGCGGUGGAGCCUGAGGCAGCUUCGCCAGCUGCAGAGGUGGCAGCACCAGCCAUGGCAGCACCAGCGACAGCUGGUGCUGACCUGCCUCGGGCCGGCAGCGCCAGCGACAGCCCCACAGCAGGUGCUGCUGCCGCCCCUGCCGUUGCAGCGGCGGCUGCUGCUGGUAUGGUUGCGGACUUGCCGCCCAUGGGCCAUGCAGUAGGCGACCCGGCCAGAGCAGGGGCAGGAACCCAGGCUGGGCGACGAAAGAAGGUGAUCCGCAGCCGAAUUGGUUACGCGCGCACCGCAUCUCCGGCUGCUGCCCUGGAGGCGCCGCAUGCCAGCACCCUCGAAGCCGUACUGGCAAGCGCAGGCACAAUGUCGCCAACAGCGCAGGAGACCGCAGCAUCGGCGGCAGCAGCUCUGGCACAGCAAGCCUCAGACGCGGGCAGCGCACACAGCAGGGGAAGCGGGUCCUUCAGUCCUGCCCCUGGCGCCGGCCAUGGCGGUAGUGGCAGCACGCCCGGCUCGCACAGCGGCCAGCUGCACCAGGGCUCUCGAUGGGGCUCGACAGCCGCAGAGUCGGCCGCGGCAUCAGUGGGCGAGGCUGGGAGCGACAACGAGGGCGAAGCCCAGGAAGAGCAGCAUGCCCGCAGCGGCUGUGUCGACCCGCAGCACCUCACUGCCCUGCAGCAGCAUGUGGCCCAGCUGGACAUCUGCCUGGAUCUGCCUGCCAGAGCCACAGCCAUGCAGCCCGACGAGCACCCCUCUGACAGCUGCGACUCGCGCCGCAGCACAGUGGCUGUGCGCGGCCCUCUUGGCAGCAGUGCUGACACAGACAGCGAUGAGUCCAUCACCUCUCCUGACUUCCGGCCUGUGGAGGAGCUGGAGCUUCCCAGCCCUGGUGCUGCGGCACAGAAGGGCGUGCCACAGGCAGGGAAGGCUGCGCCGGCAGCAGGUGGUGGCAGUUCUGCCGGAGUAGCGCGGCCGGAGCAGCAGGGCACAAAGAAACCGUCUUUCGCGGAGCAGCUGGCAGCGAUUACGAGGGAACGGGACGCCAUGGCCGCCCACCUGUCGCGGGAGGAGGAGGAGCUGGAGCAGCAGGAGCACACAGCCACGCAGCAGCGGCGACAGGCAGUGGCGGACAGCGCAGCGCUGGCGGCGCGCAUCGCCGAGCUGCAAGAGGCGGAGAAGGUGGCGGUGGAGGCAGAGGAUUAUGAGAAGGCAGCUGUGCUUUCCAAUGACCAAGACUCGGCAAAGGCUGCAUUGGAAGAAUGCCAGUUGGGCCUGCUAGCAGCAGAGGCCAUGCAGCGAAGCGCCAGCGAGAAGCGCCUGCUGCUGGUGCGGGAGCAGGCGGCGGCGUGGGAGGCAGCGGCCGCGGCACUGUGCAGCCUGCGGGAUGCUCAGCAGCGGCGCAAGGUGGCGACUGAGAAGCACGCUGUGCAGGUGGCUGCGGCGGCGGCAUGUGCCGUGGCUGCCGCUCAGGAACGCAUCCAGCAGCUGCAGCAGCAAUCCCAGGAGCUGCGGCAGAGCAUCCAGCAACGGCAGGCGCAGCUGGAGCAGCAGCAGGGAGACCUGGAGCGCCAACUGCAGGAGCAGCGGCAGGAGCGGGCAGCUGCUCACGCGGGGUUGGAGCGCGAGGUCGAAGAGCUGAGGGCGGCACUUGCGGUCAAAGAGGCGCAGCUGCUGGGCAGCAAGCAGAAGCUGAAUGUGGCGGAUGCCGCCAUUGCUGGCCUGCCGAACAAGUUUGCCGAGGUGGCAGCUGCCAUCGAUGCCGACCAGCAGGAGCUAACUACUUGCCAAAUGGAAGUGGAGGGCGAGGCAGCCAGCCUGGAGCAGGCACAACAGGAGGCGGCCACGGAUCAGCAGGCCGCCACGGCUGCCGUCGCGGAGGCAUUGCAGCAGUUGGAACAGGCGGCAAGGCUUGCUGCAUCGGCCGCUGCCCAGGCAGCAAAGCUGAGGGCACAGGCGGACCUGGCGGGGCGGGCGGCCGAAAAGAUGGCAGAGCUGCGGCAUGCGGAGGCGGCGGGGCAGCACCAGGUGGCGCAGGCAGAGGCUGCUGCGGCAGAUGUGCACCGGCGCAUGCGGGAGCUGGCAGGGCAGCGGGCCAAGCUGCAGCAUGAGCUUGGGAUGGUGGAGGGCGGCCUGCGCUCUGAGCUGGAGAGCCUGACUGCAGAGGCGGCUGUCCUAGCAUCUGCUCACGGUUUUACGGCUGAGGAGGCAGCAGACGUGGCCGCUGCUGUGGCAGAGUUGGAGGUAGCAUCAAUGACAGCUCCUGCACCAGCUGCAGCUGACCGCAUGGGGGAUAAUCGGGCAGCAGCAGCCCCGGAAGUGGGGUUAAUAGCAGGCGAAGCGGCUAUGCCUGUUCCUUCGUCGGCAGCGGCUAAAGGGGCAGAAGAGGAGCCUGAGGCUUUCACAGCAGCAGGGGGCCUGUCCUCAGUAGAUACUGAAGAGCUGUUGGAGGAAGCGGUUGAGGCCCCCGAACAGGAUGAUGCUGACCAGCACAUGCUACUGCCACUGGCAGCGGCAGAGGAAAGCGGUGGCAGCAUGGCAGAUGCAGCCAAGCACAUCGAGAAGGAGGCCGAUGCUGCGGAGACUGCUGCCCUGGACGAACUGGUUGGCGGCCUCAGCCUCUCGAACUGAUUGCCAGCCAGGUGGGACAUUGCCCCUUGCUUAGCCGUGGGCCUGAGUAGGCACUCCUAUUCACAUGCUACUGCAAUCUGUCAACUCAAUCAAGCAAC